UCAUCCAGUCUCCGCUGUUUGCUCCAUUCGGUAGUUCUCUAGUUAGGGUUUCAUCGAUCGUAGCAGCCAUGUCUCUAAGACCCAACGCCAGAACGGAGGUUCGUCGCAACCGAUACAAGGUUGCCGUAGAUGCUGAGGAAGGUCGGAGAAGGAGAGAAGACAACAUGGUCGAGAUCCGAAAGAACAGAAGAGAGGAAAGCUUGCAGAAGAAAAGAAGAGAAGGCAUGCAAGCACAGCAAUUUCCGACCUCGAUUCACCCUUCUGCCGCUGAUAGAAAGUUAGAGAGUCUUCCCUCUAUGGUAGCUGGUGUUUGGUCAGACGAAAGCAGUUUGCAGCUUGAGGCUACUACACAGUUCCGUAAACUACUUUCAAUAGAGCGUAGUCCUCCCAUUGAGGAAGUUAUCCAAUCCGGUGUUGUUCCUCGCUUUGUUGAGUUUCUCAUGAGGGAAGAUUUCCCUCAGCUUCAGUUUGAAGCGGCUUGGGCUCUCACAAACAUUGCUUCUGGAACCUCGGAUAACACAAAGGUUGUAAUUGAUCAUGAGGCCGUCCCCAUCUUUGUGAAGCUUCUUGCUUCUCCAAGUGAUGAUGUUCGGGAACAGGCUGUGUGGGCACUUGGAAAUGUUGCUGGUGAUUCUCCUCGGUGCCGAGAUCUUGUCCUUGGUCAUGGAGCCUUGAUUCCAUUGCUGGCACAGUUGAAUGAGCAUGCAAAACUUUCUAUGCUCAGAAAUGCAACAUGGACACUAUCGAAUUUCUGUAGGGGCAAACCACAGCCUCCAUUUGAGCAGACCAAACCUGCCCUUCCAGCACUGGAGCGUCUUAUUCAUUCAAAUGAUGAAGAAGUCUUGACAGAUGCAUGUUGGGCACUCUCAUAUCUCUCUGAUGGUACAAAUGAUAAAAUUCAAGCCGUCAUUGAAGCAGGUGUCUGCCCCCGACUUGUAGAGCUACUCCUCCAUCCAUCUCCUUCGGUUCUUAUUCCUGCACUUCGUACGGUUGGGAAUAUUGUCACUGGAGACGAUAUGCAGACUCAGUAUAUCAUCAAUCACCAGGCCCUUCCUUGUCUUUUGAAUCUGUUGACUCACAAUCAUAAGAAGAGCAUCAAGAAGGAAUCAUGUUGGACAAUAUCAAAUAUCACUGCUGGAAACAAGGAUCAGAUACAGGCUGUUAUUGAUGCUGAUAUCAUUGCUCCUCUUGUCCACUUGCUGCAAACUGCUGAGUUUGACAUAAAAAAGGAAGCAGCAUGGGCAAUCUCAAACGCAACCUCUGGUGGCACCCAUGAUCAAAUCAAGUAUCUGGUGAUUCAAGGUUGCAUCAAACCUUUGUGUGAUCUCCUCAUUUGCCCAGAUCCAAGGAUUGUUACAGUCUGUUUGGAAGGGCUUGAAAACAUCUUGAAGGUUGGGGAAGCUGAGAAGAACUUGGGUAACACUGGGGGAGUGAAUCUCUAUGCUCAAUUGAUUGAUGAGGCUGAGGGAUUGGAGAAGAUAGAAAACCUACAAAGCCAUGAUAACACUGAGAUCUAUGAGAAGGCAGUGAAAAUUCUUGAGACAUAUUGGUUGGAGGAAGAUGAUGAGACUCUGCCCCCAGGUGAUGCUGCUGCCCAACCUGGUUUCCGCUUUGGUGGAAAUGAACUUCCAGUUCCUUCCAGUGGUUUCAACUUCAGUUGAAGGGCUAUGGAUUGGUGGUUUCAUGAUUCAAGAAGUCCAGGUUAGGGCUGAUGACGAUUUAU